AUGAGUCAGUCGCCAUCAAGCCGUUCAGAUGCUGGUGCGCCACACUCUAAGCAGCAUGACAUCGAUGACCUUCCCAACUUUCAGCCGCUGACGGAUGAAGUGCAAAGGACUAAAAAAAAUAUCUCACCGGAGUGCAUUGAGGUUCACGCACUGGACGGCAGAGCAAUCACCAUAGUGAGCACCAACACUCAGACAGACUGGGAGUGGGUGGAGCAGAAAAUCUCAGACAGCUGUCAAGUUCAAAGUAAAAUAGAGAACUUUGAGCCAGAGCCCGAAGAGAAAUUGCUGACACACUUGGUGGAAUGGGUCACUAGUCCUGAUACAGAGAAUGAAGAGACAGAUGUGGAUGUUGCAACUGAGGAUGAGAAGUAUGACAUACCAGUUGUAGGGCCCCCCAGCCUGCUGGCGUACAAGCCAGAGUCUAAACAACCCUGCGUUCUCUUUAAAAAGGUGCUAGAGGUGUCCACUACUGAUUCUCCAAGGAAGCCAUCUGAAGGGGAAGAGUUUGUUUUGUGUGACUACUGCCAACAGCCCAGUAAGCCCUUUAUAAGUCGGGAGGAAUUGGAAAAUAAUCCUGACCUGGAGUUGCUCUUUUGCUGUGAGCGGGCAGUGAAAAUGAGGGAGUUUCUGCUGGAAAAGGAGCGAGCAUUAGCUGCUGUUGAGGCGAACAGGAAGAUUGAUGUGGGCCCGCACCCACCCUUCAUGAGCAAGAAGGAGAAGAGAGUCGCAAAGGAGCGGGCAGACCAGAGGUUGCGGGAAUGGGAGCUUCAGAGGGUACAGAAAACAGGCAAUCAGAAUCGAUUUUUCUCAGGUGGACUUCAGAUCAAAACCAUCUCCUACAGAUUGUCCAAUGAGGUUUGGAUUUUUCACGAGGAGCCACAUUUCCCCUACAUGGAUAUCAUAGAUACCUCAAACUUAUUCACCCUUCAGAAGGAGACAGAUGCACGGCAUAGGAGAAAGCCAGUGAUUUUAAGGCUUUAUCCAGAUGGCAAACCUUUCAUCGCUUUAUACCCAGAUGGAACGGGUAAUGUGUUCUAUCCAUCGGGAAAGGCUGCCAUCAUAAUCUCCUCUGUGAAAGCUACUGACAUCACCUACAUUAUCAUGGAGGACAAGGACUCUGAAGCCAAAAUGCUGGCCAUUUUGACUACAAAGAGUCAGUCUACAUGCUAUCACCCCAAUGGACUCAUAUGGGUGAACCUGACUGCAGUCGGAGGCUGCUGUUGCAGCGAGACAGGGGCUUUGAGACGCCGCUGGAGUUGGUUAGACCUUGAGCCUCAAAUCCAAGCCCCUCCUUUCCAGCCUAUCUGUCUAGGUCUGAACUCCAAUGUCAGCCUCCGCAUUCAGACACAGGACCGCAUCUUCCUCGCUUUCUCGUCACGUCAGCACAGAGUGCGUUUUAAUGUCGGUUCCAAGCUUAAGCUCACUCAUCCAGAGGGCCUUCUGAUGCCAGGGCCAGACACCCUGCAGAGACAUCUCCAAAUGAAAAGCCUGGAGAUUUACUCUCUGCUGGACCGGAUCCAGACCUGCAUGGCCUACCAGCACUCUGAAAAUCCCCACCACAUUAAACCCCAAUACAGCCUUAUUGCCCAGAUGCAGAGGCUUAGGAGGCAAAUGGAGAAACCUAGGUCUCCUCAGAGGACGAAAGCACUCAUGGCCUCAAAAUAA